GUCUCUGAAUUGCCUGUCAGUGUUUGUUUUGAAAACGUAGACCAUGUGUUCGAAAGAGCUUCGUAAUAAAGUUUUGUUCUUUUUAGAGAACAGAAAAUAUGCAAAUAAUCUGAUCGACAUACUUUCCUUAAUAGAUGGCAGUGAGAAGAAAUCACAGGCAGCGAUACUUGCGUUGGAGCUUGCAUUUUCAGAAGUACUAAAACGAGGAGACUUGCAUAAUGUGCCCCAGAGUAUUACACUAAAUGAGACUGAUGCAGAACAAAUAUAUAAAUUGUGGCUGCGAGAAAGAUAUGAGGAAUACUUCGACAAGUUGUUGUGGACCAUAGAGAAAGGAAAACUUGCAGCACAGUUACAAGCUCUGUCGAGUGCUGUGAAACUUUACAUUGUACUGGAAGGAAGAUACCCAUUGGAGAAUACAAUAAAUAGUGAAUACUAUUUUCCUUUGAACAGGUUAAAGUUUAUCAUCAGCAAACUUCUGUCAAAUGAGAGGGCAAACAGUCAACUAAUUACCAGGCUACUUGAAUAUACAUCUUGCAAAGACUUCUUACAGUUUACUUGGAAGGUGCUUCCUUCAAUAGUUGUUAUGGAAAGUAAACCCAACGAGAUUUUUCUUAAUAACUUAAUUGAAUUACUGGAUAAAAUUCCAAUCCCAAGGAAGGAAGAGGAAGGAAAAAUGACUUUGUUGCUAUACAGCAGUGAAGAACAGAACUGUUUUGUGCCUAAAACUCAACUUAUGCAGAAGUGGCUUAACAAAGUUUGGAAUUGUAUGAGCAAGUGGGAGUACUGGAAUUACUCUCCAGUAACUCAACGGCAUUUGCUUGUAGUUUUGCUUGAGAAACUCCUUCCACAUUUGGAAAAACCACUGCUUCUUACAGACUAUUUUAUUGACUCUAUGGAUGUGGGUGGUCCUGUUAGUUUACUGGCACUACAAGGAAUUUUUACUCUCAUACAACAUCAUAAUCUGGAGUAUCCUAACAUUUACAAGAAGCUAUAUUCAUUAUUUGAGCCGGAGAUAUUCCAUACUAAAUACAAGGCUCGGUUAUUCUACUUAUCAGAUAUUUUUCUGAGUUCGACACAUCUUCCAGAGAACUUAGUUGCAGCAUUUGUGAAACGUCUCUCAAGGCUUGCUCUUCUGGCACCACCACAGGACAUUUUGAUCAUAUUAAGAUUUGUGGGAAACUUGUUAAUACGCCAUCCAGGUCUGCAGAUACUUGUGAACUGUAUGCAAGGACAGCAAGUGACAGGUGAUCCCUUCAUUAUGGAAGAAAGUGAUCCAGUAAAAAGCCAUGCAAUUGAAAGCUCAUUGUGGGAAAUCCAGGCUCUGCAAACACAUCAUAUUCCUAGCAUUGCAUCUGCAGCUAGGUUUAUCAACUUUCCUCUACCAUCUCUGGAGUGGGAUCUGUCAGAUGUGUUGGAGGUGUCAGCAGAUGAUCUGCAGGUGGUGCUGGCUUCAGUUAUGCAGCUCGAGGCUGUUGCCUCUGGGCUUCUCUGUGGGGGCUGGACAUGGGGAUGCAAGAUGUUCGAAAGAGAAUUGAAGAAGAAAGUUACAGAUGUCAUAUUAACUUUUGAAAAACCAACAUCUCUUUCAUUACCAAGUGGAGAGAGGCUAUCGGAUUAUUGGUCUCUUGUAUGAUUAUCGGGUGUUCUGGACAGGGUGACUUUUGUGACAUUGCCCGUGAGGACAUGAAGUAUAUGUAAUAGAACCUUGACAUGCAUUCCAAGAUUUUUUUUGUCUUACACACAACAAAUUUGAGAUUGCUAAUGCGUAUUGCUAAAAACUUUGGCUGUACUUUGAUCUGCUUUUGUAUGCUUGUACAUAUAACUUGAGUAACAGAUGUUCUGUAUUGUAUUAAAGCUUCUCAUUCACUUACACUUGUGAUUCCCAUUUUCCUAGAGGAUGAUCACCAAUCCAUUGGUAUUAUUUUGUUAAUGAUUGUAAAAUGUUAACUGAAAUGAUUUGAUAAUUUUCAGAGGUAUAUAGUUUUGCUAUUACUCUAAAAUUAUAAGAACUGUACAUGUGUUUAUUUUAGAAUUUUACUGGAGAUAUCAAUAAUAUGUGGAACUGUGCCACUGAUAUGUUUGAUGACAACUCAUUGGCACUGAACUGACUAGUAUUAAAUGUACUAUUGAUAUGUUAACCAAAAAACCACAUAUUUUAGACAUGUGAAACUAUUGCUUUGAGUUUAAAGUGUAAAUGGAAUAAUGUGUAAAAUAUGUAAUAAAUUAUGUAACAUUUUAUAUAUUAUAAAAGCACAGAAUUCCUGUAACACUGCACAUAAAAUUUGGUAAGCAUUUAACUAUUUUGCAUCUGGGAGUAAUAACAGCAAGGCACAAAAACUGAAAUAAAAUGUACAUGUUAGAAGCCUUAUAGUUGCAUGACUUUGCAACCAAUGUUUUAACAUAAAGUAACCUGACAAUGUCUCAGAUCAGUCAGAUGAAGAAUGGUUACAGCAUAUAGAUUUUGUAAGACUGUGAUUUAUACAGUUGGCUAUCUUUAAUAUUUAGUUGAAGAGCGGUAUAGUGCCAAGAGUAGUGGUUUGAGUAUAAAGUGUUGGGUACGAAACUAUGGAUAUUCCCUUCAGUUGUGUUGGACAACUACAUGACCCAUUUGUGGUUCCAAAUGAUGUUGUUGACAUUAGCAGACUUAACCCUGUUAAGUUGUGUGGCAAUAAGGUCAGAUCCCUACUAAAAUUCCAAAUUUUACAUAAUAAUCCAUGUAAACCCUUCUUUGUUAUUCACAUGCUAUGUACUAACUUUUUCUUGAACAUGAAAGAUGGUUCCUGUCACAUAAUAUUCCCAUUCCUCCUUUUCACCAUUUUGUGGCUUGACUUCUAAGUGUGUCACCUUACAUAGGGCCACAAAAUCUCACCUUACAUAGGGCCGUAAAACCUCAAGAAAAGCCUCCACAGUUCUGUUGUCACUUUGUCAAUACAUCCUACUCCAUCAUCGAUAAAUAUAUAUCCAUUAAGCUGCAGAAGCUAUACAGUCUCUUUAUGGUCCAAUUCAUUGACAUAUAGUAGGUGGGACAGGAUGAAAGAUGAGUCUGUGGUAACAAUGCAUACCAACAAAGAAACAUAAAUCAGUACUACAGAAACCAAGCUUGGGGCUGAGUCUUUAGUGUCAUCCAAAAUUCUUAUAUCAUGGAGGAAAUGAACAUUAGUCCUAAGUCUCCAUCAUAAAGACUUAGAUCUGAAGAACCCCUUGCAGGUUAGUUUCUUAGUUUUUCUAAAAAUGAAAAUAUAUUUGAUUCUGAUAUGAACUGUAGGUCUUUAUCAGGAAUUAACGCACGGUACAAACCAAAAGGGACUGACAGUAGUUUCAACACUAAAACACAGUAUAUAAAUACAGUUACCCAACACAUGGACAUGGAAACACACAAAAGUUGAAGCUGAGCAGUUAAUUGCAGUGGGGCCAGUAUUACACAUGGAGCUCAUUCAGGUGACACACAGUGCGCACAGGCAAACAAAACAGAAAUUUUGAAUCAUGCAACUAUAUAUUAAAAGAAUGAAGUCAGUGUGAUUCAGUGCUGAGAAAGAUGAGAUGACUAUUUUACAUUUAAAACGUUAGAAUAAAGAAGAUAAAACUGAUAAGUCUUACAGGAAUUUCUAGUAGAAUGAAAAUAUUUUAGGAUUAAAGGAGAUGACUCACCAAAAUGCAGAAGAAUGGAGUUGUCAAUAAGAACACACACAAGGAAGAAAACUAGCCUUUGAAGUUAUCCUUUGAUGAGCUAGAGUAAAAUACACAAACUCCCCCCCACCCCGCACACACACACACACACACACACACACACACACACACACACACACACACACACACACACACACACACACACGAUUGGGUGGGAUGGGUAGAGGGAGAGGGUCUGGGAGAGGGUGGCUUGCAGCUUGGUGGAGGACACUGAUUUGCUGGCUAGGAAUGCAGGAAGGAAUGGUGGCAUAGGUAUGUGGGCUGGCAUGACUGUAGCGGCCUGUGGGGGAAGUUGCACAUGCUGAAGGUGACGUGGGAAUAUGAAUUUCGAGGGAGUGACAGGACAGAGGAAGGAAAAACUGUUGGGUGGAGAAUGUGGGGCAAUGGCCAUUCAUCCUGGUGGAUAGCUAGGCAGCACCUUCCUGGACAUUGACCUCCACCUCUGUGACAGCUCCAUCCACAACUCUGUUCACAUUAAAUCCAUGAACCAACUACAAUGCCUACAUUUUGACAGCUGCCAUCCCACCCAGACCAAAAAAUCCAUCCCAUACAGCCCAUCCACCCGUGGACAAUGAUUUGCAGUGAUGAGAACUCCCUUGCCACUAUAGGGGAAUACCUCUCAAAGCUAGCCCACAAACAGAUUUCUCGUGCCAUAUCCUACACACCCCUAAUCCUUCCACCACCACCCAAGAAUCAGCUGCAAAGGAGUGCCCCCAUCGCCCAAUAUCACUGUGGACUGUAACAAUUGAAUUAUAUCCUUCACCAGGAGUUUGAUGAUUUCUCAUCCUGCCCUGAAAUUAGGGACAUCCUACCCAAGAUCCUUCCUAUCCAUCCUAAAGUGGUGUUCCAUCGUGCACCCAACCUACACAUCAUCCUAGUCUAUCCCUAUGCCACUCGCACUCCCAGCCUGUUGCCACAAGGAUCAUAUCCCUGUGGCGGACCAAGUUGGAAGGCCUGCCCGAUCCACUCACCCAGCACCUCCUACUUCAGUUGUGUCAGAGUUCUAUCCUACCCCAUCAGAGGCUGGCCACCUGUGAAAGCAGCCAAGUCAUAUACCAUCUCUACUGCAAAGGGUUUGUGUUGGUAUGGCUCCCAGGCAGCUGUCCACCAGCAUGAAUGGCCAUCACCAUUCAAUUGCCAAGAACAAAGUCAACCACUCAAUGGCACAACUUGCAGCUGAGCACAAUAUGCUCAAUUUCAGUGGCUGCUUCACAACCUGAGCUAUCUGGCUCCUCCCUUCACCACUAGCCUCUCUGAACUACACAGAUGGGGAUUAUCCUUGCAUCUCAUCCUGGCAUCUCAUCCUGGCUUCGAUCUCGGGAAACCCACUGUGUCUGCGCCCCCCACCCAACAGUUUCCUCUUCCUCUGUCCUGUCCCCCCACCCAUUUCACAUCCGCAUAUCAUCUUCAGAGUGUGCCACUUCCCACUGGCUGCUACAGUCAUGCUAGCCCAUAUACGUGCAACCCCUCCCUCCUGCAUUCCUAGUGGGAAAACCGGCUGCCUCUCUCCGUGGCACUAGCCACCCACCACAGUCCAUCUCUCUGCCUCCCUCUCCCUCCACCCAACCCACCCAACACUACACCCACUACGACAGCUCACCAGCCUCAAAAUAGCAUUGGUACUGAUAGUCUAGCUGACACCAUACAGGGGCAUAGACAUGCGUGUGUUUGUGUAUUUUACUCUAGCUCAUCAAAGGAUAACUCCGAAAGCUAGCAAGUUUCUUUCUUCUGGGUGUACUUAUCAACAACUCCACACUUUGCUUCUGUUUUUUGAUGAGUGGUCUCCUUCGAGAGUGCCCAUACCUGGGGCAAGAAAGGGGCAUGCUCCCUCCUCCCAACCCCAGCUCUCAGGGAAAGGAACAAAAUAUAGUAUAAGCAGGUAUUUUUCUUUUGAGAAAAUGAUUUAAAUGUCGAAAUAACACAGAUUUUUUAACAGGGUCAGAACUGGAACUUUUUAUAGUUGGUUGUAAGUCACCACUCGUCUUGCAAAAUAUUAAAUAUACUCCAUACCCCUCUCCCCUCCCCUGGUCUUGGUCGUGCCUACAAACUAUCAUAUGGGCACUCUUGAUCUCUUUUAAUUCUAAAGUAUCUAUAAAGAUGAAACUGAACUAUUCAUAAUAUAGUGUAAAAUGAACCAGAUAAAACAAACCAGAAUGCCUGUAUUAUCUUUCAGUGCAGAAAUAUUGUAAGUCCAUUUAAUUAUAUUAUUAGGAUGCAGUGUAUUGAAAUGGUGAUAUUGUUGAUAUAUGAGUAUUUAGAAUUGUUUUUAUAAUUGUAAAUAACUAAAAUGCAUUGCAAAGUGUGAAAGCUAUUUGUAUAAAGAGAAUACAUGCUUUUUAGCUGAUCCAGCUCACUUUAGUUGCAUUUUCCAUGGUUUGUCCCAAAUGAUCCUAGGCAAAUGUUAUGCUCUGAAGGAUUAUGGCCAACUGUGUCCACUUUUAUUACACAUUUGUGAAAUGAUGUAAAUUGUUACACUUCAUUUUCCAAUAUUAUUGUCACUAUUAUUGGUGCUAUUUUCAUUCUUACAAUUUAUAGUUCCAUGUUUUACAAUUUUGUUUUGUUUUCUUUCAGUAUUUUCUGUGUAUAUUAUAUUGUAUCAUAUUAAAUGCUCUAACAUGGAUGCCCAAUUGCAUAAAUAAUGAAAUAAAGUCUGAUAACUA